GGCCUCUGCGCCCGGGCCGCCUCCUCUGGGUAUAAACUGAACCGCGCGUUUCUGGAUUCCAACACGUCCCUAACCGGCUCAAGUACCUCUUCUUUGCCACUUGCUUUGGACGGCCUCACCUCGUCUCCGAAUGGACCCCAACUGCUCCUGCUCCACUGGCGGCUCCUGCAGCUGCGCUGGCUCCUGCACCUGCAAGGCCUGCAGAUGCCCCUCCUGCAAGAAGAGCUGCUGCUCCUGCUGCCCUGUGGGCUGUGCCAAGUGUGCCCAGGGCUGCAUCUGCAAAGGGGCCUCGGACAAGUGCAGCUGCUGUGCCUGAUGUCGGGGAGAGCCUGCUCCCAGGUAUCAAUGGAGGAACGUGGGCCAACCUGCAUUUUUGUACAACUCUGACUUGAUCACUACAUUCCCUUUCUUAGGAAAUAUGUGAAUGGUAAUAAAGAUUGUUGACACUA